CUGACAAUGGUGUAAUGUGACGUUAAUCCCUGGGUUUACUAAUAAAGUGUCCACGUAGCGCGUAUGAUACGUUGAUUCAAUACAUGCAUGUCUACCCGUACAGGUCAGAUCACAGUGCAGCAGCCGCUGUUAUUGGAUUAUGAAUGGAACCCGCGGCAGAGACUUGUCAUACAGGCAGAGACCCCACAACAUUACAGCUUCACUGUGCUAACCGUCAUUCUACAGGAUGUCAAUGACAACACGCCGCGCUUCCAGCUGCCGCACUACACGGCCCACAUCUGGGAGGCACAGGCUGAUGGCAGCCACAUUAUACAGGUAAAGGACCCCAGACUGCAACUACAAACACGCCUUCUUCCGGGGAGUGACAUAACCUAUUAUAACCUUCUUCCGGGGAGUGACAUAAACCCUCCUAGCCAGCAGGGAGAUAGACGGGGUAAAUACUCCCACCCAGCGUGGAGAUAUACGGGUAAAUACUCCCACCCAGCAGGGAGAUAUACGAGUAAAUACUCCCACCCAGCGGGGAGAUAGACGGGUAGAUACUCAAACCCAGCAGGGAGAUAUACGGGUAAAUACUCCCACCCAGCAGAAAGAUUGACAGGUAAAUACUCCCACCCAGCAGGGAGAUAGACGGGUAAAUACUCCCACCCAGCGGGGAGAUUGACUGGUAAAUACUCCCACCCAACAGGGAGAUUGACGGGUAAAUACUCCCACCCAGUGGGGAGAUUGAUGGGUAAAUACUCCCACCCAGCGGGGAGAUUGACGGGUAAAUACUCCCACCCAGCAGGGAGAUUGAUGGGUAAAUACUCCCAGCCAGCGGGGAGAUUGACGGGUAAAUACUCCCACCCAGCAGGGAGAUUGAUGGGUAAAUACUCCCACCCAGCGGGGAGAUUGAUGGGUAAAGGGAAGUAAUGGAUAAAUGUCCAGAGGUGAGCUAUGACACAGUCAUGCUUUAGUUCCCUUUUUCAGGUUGUUGCCGAGGACCCAGACCAAGGGCUGAAUGGUCAGGUGACCUAUGCAUUGGACCCAUCAGGGCUUAUGAAAGAUUUGUUCCGCAUUGACCCUCAGACAGGGACCAUCACAACUGCAGCCAUCCUGGACCGUGAGAUCUGGUCCCAGACACGGUGA